GCCCUGGGGGACGGGCCGGCCGCCAGGGCCCAGGCCGGCCCGGCCGAGCCGCUCUACACCGGCACCCCCUGGAAGAAGAGGAACUACAGCCAGGGAGUCGUGGGUCUUCACGAGGAAAUCAUUGACUUCUACAAAUAUAUGUCUCCUAGAGCUGAAGAAGAGAGGAUGCGAAUGGAAGUGGUGAAUAGGAUAGAAAAUGUUAUUAAGGAACUCUGGCCCAAUGCAGAUGUGCAGAUAUUUGGAAGUUUUAAAACUGGUUUAUAUUUACCAACAAGUGAUAUUGACUUAGUUGUGUUUGGGAAAUGGGAAACAUUACCUCUUUGGACCCUGGAAGAAGCUCUCAGAAAGCACAAUGUAGCGGAUGAAAAUUCAGUGAAGGUUUUAGACAAAGCAACUGUACCGAUUAUUAAACUGACAGAUUCCUUCACUGAAGUAAAGGUCGAUAUCAGCUUUAAUGUACAGAAUGGGGUUAAAGCAGCCCAACUCAUCAAAGAUUUUAUCAAGAAAUAUCCUGUAUUACCAUAUCUGGUUUUAGUAUUGAAACAGUUCCUGUUACAGAGGGACCUUAAUGAAGUAUUCACAGGUGGAAUUGGUUCAUAUAGUCUUUUUUUAAUGGCUGUCAGCUUUCUUCAGCUACAUCCCAGGGAAGAUGCCUGCAUACCGGGUGCCAACUAUGGUGUUCUUUUAAUAGAAUUUUUUGAAUUAUAUGGUCGCCAUUUCAAUUACCUAAAGACUGGAAUCCGAAUAAAGGAUGGUGGCUCAUAUGUAGCAAAAGAUGAAGUGCAGAAGAGUAUGCUGGAUGGGUAUAGACCUUCAAUGCUAUAUAUUGAAGACCCGCUACAACCAGGUAAUGAUGUUGGGAGGAGUUCAUAUGGUGCCAUGCAAGUGAAACAGGCCUUUGAUUAUGCAUAUGUUGUUUUGAGCCAUGCUGUAUCGCCAAUAGCUAAAUAUUAUCCCAACAAUGAAACUGAAAGUAUAUUAGGUAGAAUAAUUAGAGUAACACAAGAAGUGGCCACAUACAGAGAUUGGAUAUCAAAGCAGUGGGGAAUUCAGAGUAGAACAGAGUCUUCAUGUAAUGGUAAUGGGGUAACCUUGAUAGUAGAUACUCAACAGUUGGACAAGUGUAACAAUAAUAUUUCUGAAGAGAAAGAAGCACUAGGUAAAUCUCGAAGUAAAACUUCAGAAACGCUCAGUAAACAUUCUUCAAACUCGUCAUCAGGUCCAUUGUCUUCCUCCUCUUCCACAUUAUCCAGUUCUAGUGAUGUAGAUUCUGAUGGAACACCAUGCAAAACGUCUAAACAGCUGAGUUGUCGUCAGUCUACCACAAACCGAGUGGGGUCACAAGAUGUAUCGCUGGAAUCUUCCCAAUCAGUUGGAAAAAUGCAAAACAGUCAAACGGCUAAUACAUCUAGCAGCAUGAACAAAUCUCAGCAUGGAUCUGCAAGGUUAUUCCGCUCUUCUUCCAACAAAGGCUUCCAAGGUCCAACAAACUCAAGCCAUGGUACCUCAGUGACAAACAAACAACAUCAAGGCAGCAAAUCACAUAAUCAGUAUUUCCAUGGCAAAAAGAGGAAACACAAGAGGGACGCAGCCCUUUCAGACCUUUGUAGAUAGUUGCCUAUUUAAUGACUGUUCUUCUGUGUGCAAUGAUCUCAUGCUACAGGAUAGUUUGAUAGUGACUCCUUGGAUAUCUUCCGGAGCUUCAGACUGUUGAUUAGCAACUGCAUUUUUUUUCCCAGCUCGCCACGGAACGGAUCAUGAAGAUUGAUCACUGCAAAAAAGAGGAAAAAAUGGCUGCUCAUUUGAUAAGUCAUAUGCUACAACAGGGUCAUUUAGGAUAUAAAGCUUGAAUGUAAAAUAAAUAUAUUUCCCAUCAGCUCAUGCUGACCUGUAGGGGUAGUUUUCAGUGUGUUUAGGGGGUGGUAUCAAACAAAACAAAACAAAACAAAAAAAAA